AAAAUAUAGGCCUACAUUAUGUCAUUGGCUAUUUAUUAACAAUCACAUAUUAUCGUACUAAUAAAUGCUUACACAUAUUUGGACAAGCAAGCAUGCCUACUGUUCCUUGACAAAUACUUUAAUGCACAACAUAGACAAGACCACAUUCAUUUAAUUUGGCCAAGAAAUCACACAAUGCUUGACGUGUCAAAAAGAAUAAACAAGCAACAACAACAAAAGUAACAGAAUGAGAGCGUCACCAGCGCGCAUGCCUGCAUUCCUCCAAACCGUUUCAAAUAUUUAUGUAAUAAAGCCUAUUAAAAAGUUUUUGUAGUAAAUCAGGGGCGGUUCAAGGAUUGGCUGUGUAAACUUUGGUGCAGUCUCAUUGGUCGGAGAGAUCUUUGAGAAUGAAGGUGCUUUGAGGAGCCUUCUGGAAUGUCUUUGAAUGGGACUGGACUUGCGCUGCACCGGGCUCAAAAAAUGCGCACUUAAACACUGGGUCAUAACAUUGGAUUAUUUGUAUGUGGAUAUACUCUGUCUUUAACGGACUGACAAACGGACUCAGAUUUAACGCCAGGAGCAGACAUGACGACCUUUGCCCCUUUGCUUCUCGCUCUUGGCUCCAUGGCGAGCGUUGCGUACGGGUGCCAACUGCCCACCGAGUGGCGUCCACUGAGUGAGAGCUGCCGUGCGGAACUGGCAGAGAUCAUUGUGUAUGCCAAGGUGCUGGCAAUUCACCGGGAGGAGUAUGGCGGGGCAGAGGGCAUCUACAACUCUCUGUAUGGUUAUGAGGGCGCUGAGGAAGGGUUGCUCUACUUCGCAGAGGUGGAACUCAUGUGCGACCAGGCGUGGGGCAGCAUGCUGGAGGUGCCGGCGGGCUCGCGCCUCAACCUGACAGGGCUGGGGUACCUGUCGUGCCAGUCUCACACCGUGAUGGAGAACUACUCCUAUAUCUUCUUCCUCCGGAUGGAUGAGAACUACAACAUCCAGCCCCACGGGGUCAACUUCCAGGACGCCAUCUUCCCAGACACCGUAGAGAAUCGCCGUACGUUCUCCAGCCUGUUCCAGUUCUCCAACUGCUCCCAUGGCCAACCCCUCCAGACCUUCUCCCCAGAGUGGGACCCCCAAGAGGACAGCAGGCUCCUGUGCUCCUCGGUGCAGGGGGCUCUGUUCGAGGAGGAGGAGAAGAGCAGGAAGCAGCAGGAGCGCCUGGGCCAGCUGGAGAGGAGGAACAGGCAGCUGAAGGAGCGCGUCCGGAAGGUGAAGCGCUCCCUCCGGAACGCCAGGAAGAGCCAGCGCCAAGCGGAGCAGGAAAGGCAAGGGCUGGAGGAGAGGCUGAGGUCAGUGGAGAGACGGGCUGGGCACCAACUCAAUACUAUCACACAGGAGGCUACGCCCAGCAGAUACCAGGAGACUGUGUUACACCGCACGCCACACACACCGCUUUAGUCUCUGGACUGGAUGUUGUUAAAGACUGCUGGGCAGUCUCUCUAAUUCCUGUUGUUCACAGGCACACACUCAAUACUCAUUUAGUGCCAUAUAUACUGUAGUUCCUACACACAUUACAUAGAGAGGGCAUCAAGUAGCCCUCGAAUAGCAAUUUUGUCCAAUUUGUAUUAGUGAAUGACUCGAGAGAAUGAGAGGGAGAGAUAGCGUAUAGCUCCUAUUAAUACACAGCACUGUCAUACAGCUGAUGGAUAGACAGAUGAAAUGAUUUAAUUUAGAGUGAGUAUAUGAUGAGUGAAUGGCUAGAGUGAAUGAAGAAAGUGAGGUUGCUUUCUGGUUGGUGUGUCUGUGGGCAUGUGUUGUCUGUUGCUGUCCUCGUGUCAGCACCACCAAAGAGAAUGACCAUGAGGCAUUGGGAUUAUUAUAUAUGAAUGUAUUACUGAAGCUGCAUAUAAACUCUAAUCAUGAUUA